AUGGCAGCUUAUGCUGCUCUGGUUUCUAUUAUGCAGAUCAUUCAUGAGAUCGAGCAUCAUCCUUUCCCGCCUAUUUCUAUGGACAAAAAACAAGUUGAAUCUCUCACUGAAAUCAUUACGUUCUUGCAGGAAUUUCUUGAAGGUUAUAAGUCUCCGGUUGUUGGCAGCGAUGAAGCAGAUAAGUUGGAGAUGCGCAUCGCAGACACAGUUUAUGCUGCUAAAGAUGUGAUCGAGUCUCACACCGUGGAUCAAAUUCUAAAAGUUGUUUCUGCGGAUUUCUGUGCGAGUUUGCUGAAGGUGAUAAAUGACGGGAAUUUGAUGUUCAAGAAAGAUGUGACGCAGCUCGAUGCAGUCAAAGAUCGGCUACAGACACAAGUCUUAGAAUCUGUUGACUCCUCAACAUCCGCAGAGUUGUAUGAGAGUCUGGUGAAGGUGAUAGAGAACAUGGAUUUGAUCAAGAAAGAAGUGAUGGAGAUCGUUGCAGUAGAUCCGCUGCAGAGACAGGUCUCGGCCUCAACAUCAGUUGCUGCUUCCUCAACAUCGAACAAUUCUUUGGCUUCUUCUCCAUCUAGGCCGGAGAGCACAAUCAUGUUGGGCUUUGAUGAUGUCAUGCUUCAACUCAUGGAGAAGCUCAUUUAUGGACGACUCGGUCGCCAAGUCAUCCCAAUCGUAGGAAUGGGAGGUAUUGGAAAGACUACUCUGGCCACAAAUGUUUAUAAGAAAAUUGUUGAUAGUUAUCAUUUUGAUAUUUGUGCUUGGGUUACAAUUUCACAAGAAUAUAACACAAAAGAACUUCUUUGUGAAAUUCUAUCUCAAGCCAAUAAAGAAGGGAAGGAAAGGUUGAGUCAAAUGAGAGAGGAUGAAGUAGGAGUAUCACUUCAUAAAUGUUUAACAUGUAGAAGGUAUCUAGUUGUGUUGGAUGAUAUGUGGAGUAUUGAGGCAUGGGAGAAGCUACAACGCUAUUUUCCCGAUAAUAGUAAUGGUAGUCGGAUAAUGGUGACAACUAGGCUAUCAAAUUUGUGGUCUCCAUCGGAUAACAGUUACGGCAUUGAAAUGAAAUUUAUGGAUGAGGAAAGUAGUUGGAAUAUAUUCUGCAAAAUUGUGUUUGGGGGUAGAAUUAGUUGUCCUUUGGAAUUGGAGAAAAUUGGAAAGGAGAUUGUAAAGAGUUGCAGAGGACUUCCGUUAUCAAUUGUUGUUAUAGGAGGUAUUUUGGAAAAACUUGAACGAACAAAUGAAUGUUGGAAAUCUGUUAGGAGAAGCUUAAAUUCACUGGUGAAUUCGGAGAAUGACAAGCAUUGCUUAAAAAUACUGAAAUUGAGCUAUAACCAUUUGCCAGUGUAUCUUAAGCCUUGCUUUCUAUAUAUGGGAAUGUUUAAGGAGGAUAGUAAAAUUCAUGUGUCGAAAGUCAUCAAGCUAUGGGUUUCUGAAGGAUUUUUAAAACCGGUAAGUGGCAAGAGUUUGGAAACACUAGCAAAAGAGUACUUAAGUGAACUAGUUGAUAGAAAUCUACUUCUUGUUCAUGAGUUUGGGAAAACUGGAAACAUGAAGUACUUGAAAAUGCAUGAUUUGUUGAGAGAUCUUUGCUUGAGAGAAGCUGAAAAGGAGAGGUUUUAUCAUGUGGUAGGGCAACAUAGUCUUCCUCAAGGCACGUAUGUCAAAAAACGUGUAUUUGUUCCGAGAUGCACUUCAAUGGAGAAAGUCCUUCAUGCCAUGAAAUGGACAUUGAGAGCAUACGAUGAAGAAUUACAAAAUUUGGGGCAAAAUGGAUGUAGCUACUGGGAAUGGGAGACCCAUGAGUUGUUGGAAAAUCUUUGCUUGAGAGAAGCUGAAAAGGAGACAUUUUAUGAUGCAGUAGGGCAACAUUGUCGUCAAGGCACGUAUAGCCAACGCCAUGUAUUUACUACGGGAAGCACUUCAAAGGAGAAAUACUUUGAUGCCAUGGAAUGGACGUUGAGAGCGAGUGGUGAUAAUUUCUAUCGAAGAGAUAAGGAUUUCCAUAGAAUUAUGUUUGAGUUGGAUAAUUUGAGGCUUCUUGUUGUUUAUUCUCAAGGCCUGGUGCACAACCAACUUCCUUCUUCAGUCAAUCUCUUUUGGAGCCUACAGACAUUAAUUGUCCAUUGCCAUUAUGACGGGAAUGUUCGUGCACCUGUUGAAAUUUGGAACAUGCCUCAACUUAGGCAUGUCCAUUUCAUGGAGACGAGCAUGGGGAGGAGAUAA